ACGUUAGGAGUUAAAAGUUAAAACCCUGUACACCGAGGUUGCCAAAUUACAGUAGAGGUUACUAGCGGAAGGGCGACUCUUCUCUACGAUGGAGGAUUUGCAAGCUGAUCUCUCAGCUAAUGGUUUAACCGUUUCCACCACCCCAGAGAAAGGUCGAUGUCUCUUAUCGAUCAAAGAUUUCUCUCCAGGAGAGGUGAUCAUAAGCCAAGAGCCUUAUGUCUCUGUGCCAAACAACUCUGCAGUUCACUCAAGAUGUGAGGGAUGUUUCAGAUCAAGCAAUCUUAAAAAGUGCUCGGCUUGUCAUGUUGUGUGGUACUGUGGGAGCACAUGCCAGAAGUCAGACUGGAAGUUGCACCGUCUUGAAUGCAAUGCAUUGUCAAGGCUUGAGAAGGAAAGGCAAAAAUCUCUUACACCUUCUAUACGCCUGAUGGUAAAGCUCUACAUGCGGAGAAAAUUGCAAAGUGAGAAGAUCAUGCCAACUACUGCUAGAGACAACUACAACUUGGUGGAGGCUUUGGUGUCCCACAUAACUGACAUUGAUGAGAAGCAAUUGGUGCUCUAUGCACAAAUGGCUAACCUUGUCAACCUGAUACUUCAGUGGCCUGAUAUUAACGUAAAAGAAAUUGCAGAAAACUUUUCUAAGCUUGCAUGCAAUGCUCAUACCAUUUGUGAUGGUGAACUAAGACCGCUUGGUACUGGACUAUAUCCUGUCAUUUCAAUUAUUAACCACAGCUGCUUGCCCAACUCUGUUUUGGUAUUUGAGGAAAGGUUAGCAGUGGUCCGUGCUGUGCAACAUAUUCCCAAAGGUACUGAGGUAUUAAUAAGCUACAUAGAAACUGCUGGAAGCACUAUAACCCGACAAAAGGCUCUUAAAGAACAAUACCUUUUCACUUGCACGUGUCCUCGCUGUAGAAGAAUGGGCCAGUAUGAUGAUAUCCAAGAAAGUGCAAUUCUGGAAGGGUACAGAUGCAAGGAUGAUAGAUGUGAUGGUUUUUUGCUUCGUGAUUCUGAUGACAUAGGCUUUAUAUGUCAACAAUGUGGUCUUGUUAGGAACAAAGAGGAGAUAAAAAGGCUUGCAAGCGAACUAAAACCACUGUCAGAUAAGGCUACUAUGUCUUCAUCUUCCCAUUAUGUAGAAGCUACUUCAAUCUAUAAGAUGAUUGAGAAGCUUCAAACAAAAUUGUUUCAUCCUUUUUCGAUCAAUUUGAUGCGAACCCGUGAAGCUAUUUUGAAGAUUUUGAUGGAGAUGAAAGAUUGGAGAGCAGCAUUAACAUAUUGCAAAUUAACCAUUCCAGUGUAUCAAAGUAUGUCUUCUUGCAACUUGAAUCCUCAGUCAGAAAUUAUUUUGAAAUAUGGAGUUUAUCCAGGAUUCCACCCUUUGCUUGGGCUGCAAUAUUAUACGUGCGGGAAACUUGAAUGGUUACUUGGGGAAACAGAGGAUGCUGUCAAAUCGCUCACUAAGGCAGCAGAUAUACUGCAAAUUACUCAUGGUACAAAUACACCCUUUAUGAAGGAGCUCCUGUUCAAGUUGGAGGAAGCACGUGCUGAAGCAUCUCACAAACGAUCAUCUAAAGACAAGUAGAAAAAUCCACCUCCCAAUCAUAUCUAUACAUGAGUAACUGCUAUCAAUGGUCCUGUACCUUUUUCCAUCAAUGACCCACACCAUGGAGAAGACAAGAAGUAGCCUGCAUACUGUUGCUGUUUGCUCAUCACAACGAUAUCAAUUAUCUGUCAUGCACACCAUGCAGUUCAUAUCUGAAAUUUAUUUCAGAAUGUAAAUGGCCUCUCAAUAUGUUACUCUCAAAGACCUACCUCACCUAAUGUCUAAAGAAUGCCUGUAUCCGUUUCUAACAUCAAUUGUUGGAUGAAAAAUGGUUGCAGAGAACUGGUAUUUUCAGCCCUAGCUCAUAUGGCCUCAACCUGUGUUCUGCGUACAGAAUAUUUUUUCCCGUAGUGACAUCCUGUAAUCUUCUUGUACGAGUAUUACUACUUGUACUAAAUCAAGGAUGGAAAAAAAGAAAAAAAAAAUCACUGACAAGUUGCAUUUGAA